CAAGCUGGUUCACGCCUACGCUAAAUCGACUGUAAUCCUUACUGUACACAACUGAAUCCUCUGCAGGUUUUUUCUCCCUUAACAAUAAGUUAGUUCUAAACAAACAAAAGAAAUGGACAACUCUGGGAAAGAGAAGGAAGCCAUUCAGCUAAUGGCCGACGCGGACAAAAAAAUCAAGUCCUCGGGCUCUCUUUUGGGAGGGAUGUUUGGAGGAGGACAUCACAAAGUGGAGGAGGCAUGUGAAAUGUACUGCAGAGCUGCCAACAUGUUCAAGAUGGCCAAGAACUGGAGUGGUGCUGGAAAUGCAUUUUGCAAGGCUGCACGUCUCCAUAUGCAGCUGCAGAACAAACAUGACUGUGCCACCAGCUUUAUCGAUGCAGGAAACGCCUACAAGAAGUCGGACCCUAAUGAGGCAAUCAAGUGUUUAAAUGCUGCCAUCGAUAUAUACACAGACAUGGGAAGAUUUACCAUCGCUGCCAAACAUCACAUCAGUAUCGCAGAGAUCUACGAGUCUGAGCUGGUUGAUAUUGAAAAGGCUAUUGCACAUUAUGAACAAGCAGCAGACUAUUACAAAGGAGAAGAGUCAAACAGUUCUGCCAACAAGUGUUUGUUGAAAGUGGGAGCUUACUGUGCUCAGCUGGAACAGUACCAGAAGGCUAUUGAGAUCUACGAACAGGUUGGAACUAACACGAUGGACAACCCACUGCUGAAAUACAGCGCCAAAGAGUAUUUCUUCAAAGCCUCCCUCUGUCAUUUCAUUGUUGACGAGCUCAAUGCUAAGAUCGCUGUUGAAAAGUACGAGGAGAUGUUCCCAGCUUUUUCAGACUCCAGAGAAUGCAAGUUGUUGAAGAAACUUCUUGAAGCUCAUGAGGAGCAGAACAGUGAGGCAUUCACAGAGGCAGUGAAGGAGUUUGAUUCAAUCUCACGUCUGGAUCAGUGGCACACAACCCUCCUGCUGCGCAUCAAAAAGACCAUCCAGGGUGAUGAAGGAGAUCUGAAAUGAGAGAAACCUCAGGGUAGGAAUGCAGCAUGGAGGGACAGUUCAAUCACGCAUGCUUUCACACACAAAACAGUGCACUCUUUCCCGCUCACUUCACUGUGUAUAGCAUCUGGAAAGGAGUGGCUUCUGAUGAGUACUACUAGAGCACUAUCAUUUGUUUUCAUUACAAGCAUACCUGAAUCCAGUCAGAAUGUAAAUCCGCUUGCCCUCACCUCUCUCUAGAGGAUUGCUGCAUACCCUUUUUUCUGCUGAAAUCUAUUAAGAGUUAAGCAAUAUGUUGUUUUGAAUCAGAUUGCUAGUGUUGACAAGUCACUGCAUGUUUUCUACAAGUGAUUCCUAGUCAGAUGCAGCUGUUUUUUUUCUAGUUAUUAUAUAUUUAAACAAGUAAUUUAAAUAUUUGAGUUUGUUAUUCAGAAGAAUGAUGUGUAUAUAAUUUAAGAAUACUCCACAAGUUUUAUUUGCAUUGGAAUUGAAAAGAAUCAGACAUUAAAAACGGAUUUUGCGUCCUUUCUAUGUCCAUAUGGGGCCGGCUCCUCUUAAAAAGGGCAAUGAUAUGCACAAGUGUAGACUGUUAAAUAGUUGUAUCUAAACACUAUCACAUCACUUUAUUAUUGUUAUUUUUUUUUAUCUUUAAGUUUAUAAUUACUCUAGAAUGUGUUGAUGUAGUAAUCUGUAAGCUGCAGUUUAUAGAGCACUGAUACGGAGCUCCUCACCCUUAUUCCCAGGGAAGUAAUCUUGGGCUAAUGUGCAUUAUUAGUCAUUCAUGUUUGUGUUGUGAAGGCGUCAUUGAAGGUUUAUUGCUGCAGUGCGCCUUCCAAAUGGCCAGUUGCUAAGCAUGUCAUUGUGUAUAGUUCAGUGUUGUGUAUAUUCACUAGUCUUAGCUAGACCAAAGUUUUUAAAAAGGGGUCGAUUGCUUUGUGUACCCAGCUUCUUCCAGGUGAAAUGACAUUAGGGUGUGGAUAUGAUCUGUAUGCUUAUUCAAAUGAGCAUCAAUAAAGGUGUUAUAUCCAA